UCCACUCCGCUCUGGCCCCGUCUCCGCCCGGGAUGAGGGCGGCCCAAGCCGCGGGCGAGGAGGCGCCAGGCAACAGGCUGUCGGUCAAGGUGGUCCUGGUGGGCGACGGCGGCUGCGGGAAGACGUCGCUGCUGAUGGCCUUCGGCAUCGGGGCCUUCCCCGAGAGAUACAGUCCCACAGUGUUUGAGAGGCAUAAUGUUAACCUACAAAUGAAGGGCAAACCUGUGUGCCUCCAAAUCUGGGACACGGCAGGGCAAGAUGACUAUGACCGCCUGCGGCCUCUGUUCUACCCCAAUGCCAGCGUCCUGCUCCUCUGCUUUGAUGUCACCAGUCCAAACAGCUUUGAAAACAUCUUCAACCGGUGGUACCCGGAGGUGACACACUUCUGCAAGGGAGUGCCGAUCAUUGUUGUGGGCUGCAAGACAGACCUGCGCAAGGACAAGACACUAGUGAACAAGCUGCGGAGAGACGUGUUGGAGCCUGUGACCUACCACAAGGGCCAGGAAAUGGCCAGGUCUGUUGGCGCAGUGGCCUACCUCGAGUGUUCUGCUCUGCUCCAUGACAACGUCCAUGCCGUCUUCCAGGAGGCAGUGGAGGUGGCUCUCAGCAGCAGCAGUAGCAACUUCUGGCGGAGGAUUACCCAGAGCUUUUGCGUGCUGACCUGACUGCCUCAGGGCACUGACCUACAGAGGUAGCUGGGCUGGCCCCAGUUCGUAGGCUGGCCCCACCGAUCGGACACCACCAAGGUUGGGCGUGGGCCUGGGAGCCCUGGAUUGAGGAAGGGGGCUCCCCAGCCCUGGGACCAUCAACCAACUCCCGUCCUGGACUUUUCCUGGAGUAGCUUUGCAGCCCGACCUCGCGCCACCUCGUGGCGGUUCGCAGAGCUGCAUCUAAAAGUCCUGACUUCCUUGCACCAUCCUCCUGCCAGAACCCGCAGCGCGCCUCUCUCUCGUUUGCUCUACCCCACCGCUCCAGGGCUAAGUGUAACA